UUUUUCAAUUAGUUAUGGCGGCGGCAUCUGCUCCUCAGUUCGUGUUGGCGAACAAUGACCUCGACGAAGGCUUGGGCCAGGACGGCCGCACCGCCCUCGAGAUCUUCGUGACCAAGAACAACGGCGUCGGUUUGACCUACGACGACUUAAUCCUCAUGCCAGGACACAUCAACUUUGGCGUGGACCAAGUGGACUUGACCACCCGCGUGUCGCGCAACAUCAGCUUGUACUUGCCGCUCGUGUCGUCUCCCAUGGACACGGUAACGGAACAUCAGAUGGCGAUCAGCAUGGCCCUCCACGGCGCCAUCGGGGUGAUCCACUACAACAUGACCGUGGAAGAGCAAUGCCAUGAAGUGUACUUGGUAAAGAAGUUCAAGAACGGUUUCAUCACCAACCCCAAGUGCCUCGCGCCCACCAACACGUUGGCGGACGUCGACACGAUCAAGGCCGAGCUCGGGUUUGCCGGCAUCCCCAUCACCGAAUCCGGCAACGUCGGGUCCACGCUGCUCGGCAUGGUAUCGAGCCGCGAUAUUGACUUCAUCGAAAACCGCGACACGCCGCUCAAGGACGUGAUGGCGACAAACCUCAUCACGGCGCUUGAAGGCGUCAAGCUCGCCGAAGCCAACCAGAUCCUCAAAGAGAAGAAGCUCGGCAAGCUGCCCAUCGUCAACGCCAAGGGCGAGCUCGUGUCGCUCAUCUCCCGCCGUGACUUGGUCAAGAACCGCGACUUUCCGCAUGCGUCCAAGAACGCCAACAAGCAGCUGCUGGUCGGUGCCGCCAUCGGUACCCGUCCCAACGACCGCGACCGCGCGGACGCGCUCGUGGCUGCCGGCGUCGACCUCCUCGUAAUCGACUCGUCGCAAGGUGACUCGACGUUCCAGAUCGAAAUCCUGCAGUACCUGAAGAAGACCCAUCCGCAUGUGGACGUGGUCGGCGGCAACGUUGUGACCAUGCGCCAAGCCAAGAACCUCAUCCUUGCCGGCGCCGACGGUCUUAAGAUCGGCAUGGGAAGCGGCUCCAUCUGCACGACCCAGGAGAUCUGCGCCGUCGGUCGCGCGCAGGCGUCGGCCGUGUACAACACCGCCCGCCUCGCGGCCAAGUACGGCGUGCCUGUGAUCGCCGACGGAGGUAUCUCCAGCUCUGGACACAUCAUCAAGGCGCUGUGUGCCGGCGCGUCCGCCGUCAUGUGCGGGUCGCUGUUUGCCGGUACGGAGGAAGCUCCGGGUCAGUACUUCUUCCAAGACGGCGUGCGACUCAAGAAGUACCGCGGCAUGGGCUCCGUGGAGGCGCAGAGCCAAGGGUCAGCGAAGCGAUACUUUGGCAGCAACGCCGCGGUCAAGGUGGCCCAAGGCGUUAGCGGGGCCGUCGUGGACAAGGGGUCGUUGAACCGGUACAUCCCGUACCUGCAACAAGGCAUCAAGCACGGGUUCCAGGACCUCGGCUCGCGCAGCGUGAAGGACCUCCACGAACAACUGUACGCCGGCGAGCUUCGAUUCGAGAUGCGCACCCCUGCAGCCCAGCGUGAAGGCAGUGUGCACGGCCUGCACACGUACGAGAAGCGCUUGUUUUAGUCAGUUAACAUUGCAAUAACUUCAUCCGCCGCGUAGCACCAGAAAUAACACUAUUUACAAUACAAACACACGUCCUCGUUUUCGAUUUUUGAACGGGGCUUUGCGUGUGUGGUUUUUGCCCGCCA